AUGAAGCUGAGGGAAGGCAAAAAAUUGGAUUCAGAGCUUGGCAGGAAGUGGGACUGGUGCUUGGUGGAUAUGGUCAUGAAAAUAGGAAGAAUGUGGUCAUUAGCCUUUGUUUCUGGAAUGGAUGUGGUAAUGGCCUACUCUAACCAUCAACACGAUUUCCAGUCUCCGUAUCUUCUUCAUGGAAAAUAUGUCAAAGAGCAAUGA